GGUCGAGCGUCUUGAACUAAUUCAGUCAAACAGUGGCAGUCGGUGCGAUUGGUUUGCCCAGUGACUGCACAUUUUCUUCGAAUCUGUAACAUUUGCAAUAGUGCUUUCAUUAAAAUAAUUUAGCUACUUCAGUCACGCUAUAUGAUUUUCAACAAUUUUUGCAACGGCCAAUUGGAAUUUCGUUUUUCACGGUAAUAUCGUACACCGAGCAGUAAAUUGACUAAAUUGUGCGCGGGUGUAUGUGUGUGUUAGAUUUAUAAAAAUCGAUUAAAGUAGAAAUAAAAGAACAAUUAGUAGAAACGAAAAAGGACGGAAGCAAAGACGGGAGAAUAUUGAAGAAGGAAACGAUAGACACAAGUUAGAAUUUCAAAUAACCAGACUGCGGAUUAAGCAAGCGUGCUAUCAAUCGUUGACACGAUUCGACAGAGAGAAAUUAUGAACACCGAUCAAAGCUGGUCCUUGCCCCCGAAACAGGCUCUUUACGAUCCAGAUCUUGAAAAGGAUGCCUGCGGUGUUGGAUUCAUUGUUGCCAUUGAUGGAAAGAAAUCUCAUAAGAUUAUUAGAGAUGCGGAAACUCUGUCGGCGCGUAUGAACCACCGUGGUGCAUGUGCCUGCGAUAAUGACACGGGAGACGGAGCCGGUGUUCUUUGCUCCAUUCCUCACGAGUAUUACGCUGAAGAAUUGCGUGAACAGCAAAAUGUCGAAUUACCAGAAUUUGGACGUUACGCUACCGGUGUUCUAUUCCUUGACAAAAAUACACACAAAGAAGUUGAGGCUGCGUUUGAUAAAUUGGCGAAAGAAUGCAAUUUAAGGGUAAUUUGUUGGCGAAAUGUUCCAACUGAUAAUACAAAAAUUGGUGAAGUAGCACGAAAAUGCGAGCCUUACAUGCGUCAAGUCUUUGUUACCGGCGAUCAAGAUGACGCUACUCUUGAACGACAGGUCUUCGUUUUAAGGAAAAGAUCCUCCCAUUCUAUUCUACAGUUAGGUGCAAGGUUCUAUGUAUGCUCGCUUUCCGUACGAAUUGUCGUUUACAAAGGUCAAUUAACGGCGGAUCAAUUAUGGUUGUAUUUCCUAGAUUUGAACUCGCCAAAAUUUGAAACCUAUUUGGCAUUAGUUCACACGAGAUUUUCUACAAAUACGUUUCCCAGCUGGGAAAGGGCGCAUCCUCUUCGAUUAUUAGCACACAAUGGCGAAAUCAAUACUUUAAGAGGAAACGUAAAUCUGAUGAAAGCCCGAGAAGGAGUGAUGAGUAGUAAGCUUUUUGGCGAGCAAUUGAAAGAGCUCUAUCCUGUGGUAGAACCAAAUCUUUCCGAUUCAGGAGCCGUCGAUUGCGUUUUGGAAUUCUUGGUAAUGGUCGGACAGCGAUCUUUACCAGAGGCAGUAAUGACGAUGGUACCGGAAGCAUGGCAAAACGAUAUGACGAUGGCGACUGAGAAGCGCGACUUUUAUCAUUGGGCUGCUUGCGCGAUGGAACCUUGGGACGGUCCUGCUCUUUUAACGUUUACGGAUGGACGUUAUGUCGGUGCUAUUUUAGACAGAAACGGCCUGCGCCCAUCGCGCUUCUACGUCACUAAGGAUAACAUGAUGGUGAUGGCGUCCGAAGUGGGCGUCUAUGACACUCCGCCCAGCAAUGUAGUCCUGAAGAGCCGUUUAAAACCAGGAAGAAUGCUACUCGUCGAUACGCAUGAAAAGAGGAUCAUAGAAGAUGUUGAACUGAAAAUGCAAAUUGCUAGAAGCAGACCUCAUUCGAAAUGGCUUAAAGAUCAGAUGAUUACAAUGGAAGAGCUACGAGCUGCUGACACCGAGCAUGGCAAAUCAAACGCGGUUGCUGUUGAGAAUGGCUUCGUUGCAGAACAAGAUAAAGGCGAGAUGGACAGUGACGGAAAUCCUAUAUCUGCUGUGAAUCGAGUCUGGGGAGGUGAUAAAAGACUAUCCCUUUACGGUUAUACACUGGAGACUAUUAAUAUGCUGUUCCUACCGAUGAUGCAGUCCAAAAAAGAAGCAUUAGGUUCAAUGGGUAACGAUGCACCGCUUGCCUGUCUUUCACAAUUUCAACCACUCGUCUACGAAUACUUUAAACAGCUGUUUGCUCAGGUCACAAAUCCUCCGAUAGAUCCUUUUAGAGAAAAAAUCGUGAUGUCGAUGCUGUGUCCUAUCGGGCCUGAAAGCAACAUUUUGGAACCAAGCGAACUUCAAGUACACAGAUUAUUUUUACCGCAACCGAUAUUAUCUUUAAGCGAUCUCGAAGUAAUUAAACGCACGAGAUACCGUGGUUGGAAGAGUAAAGUAAUCGAUGCAACUUACCCUGUAGAAGAAGGUCUAUCUGGAUUAGUGAACACGUUAAAUCGCGUCAGCGAUGAGGCUAAUCAAGCCGCAAAAGAAGGAUAUCAGUUUCUCGUUCUUUCUGAUAGACAAGGUGGUCCAGACAGAGUACCUGUCAGUAGCCUCUUAGUAUUAGGCGCGGUGCACCAUCAUUUAAUUGAGGAACGACAGCGUAUGAAAGUUGGUCUUAUCCUGGAAACUGCCGAAGCUAGAGAAGUACAUCAUGUUUGUUUGUUACUUGGUUAUGGAGCAGAUGCUAUCUGUCCCUAUCUUGUUUUCGAAAUGGCAAGAAAUCUUCGAGCGGAUGGUGUGCUCGAUUCGUCGUUCAACGAUAAUGUCCUAUGUUCGAACUAUGCGGAAGCAAUGGAGAGAGGUAUAGCAAAAGUAAUGGCGAAAAUGGGGAUCUCCACGUUGCAGUCUUAUAAAGGAGCUCAAAUUUUUGAAGCAGUCGGUUUGGCCGAUGAAGUCAUUGAGAAAUGUUUCAAGGGAACCCAGUCUCGUAUCGGCGGAGUUACCUUUGAUAUUUUAGCAAAGGAAGCGUUUGAAAGGCAUCAGAUUACGUAUUGGAAGAAACCUAUGGAUAUGCUCGUUAUUCGCAAUCCAGGAAUUUAUCACUGGCGAUCCGGCGGAGAGAAACACAUCAAUGAUCCUGAUAGUAUUGCUAAUUUACAGGAUUAUGUUACCUCCAAGAAUUGGAAUGCUUAUGAAAAAUAUCGAAAAACCACGAUGGAGAUGAUUAAAGCGUGCACCCUACGAGGCCAGCUAGAAUUGAUAGAGAAAACAGAGAACGCGAUACCUAUAAACGAAGUUGAACCAGCAUCAGAAAUUGUAAAACGAUUUGCGACUGGUGCUAUGAGCUUUGGAAGUAUUUCCAUAGAAGCGCAUACCACUCUAGCAAUUGCAAUGAACCGUAUUGGCGGAAAAUCCAAUACAGGAGAAGGUGGUGAAAAUGCUGACAGAUAUCUCAAUCAAGAUCCAGAAUUUAACAAAAGAUCAGCCAUUAAACAAGUUGCGAGCGGUCGUUUCGGCGUAACCUCGAGCUAUCUAGCAAACGCUGACGAUCUUCAGAUUAAAAUGGCACAAGGAGCGAAACCCGGCGAAGGAGGAGAGUUGCCUGGUUAUAAGGUUACAGCUGAAAUUGCUGCAACCAGACACUCGGUACCUGGCGUAGGAUUAAUUUCACCACCACCCCAUCACGACAUUUAUUCCAUCGAGGAUCUUGCCGAGUUAAUUUACGAUUUAAAAUGUGCGAAUCCCAACGCCCGUAUUUCUGUGAAGUUGGUGUCCGAAGUAGGAGUAGGCGUAGUUGCAGCAGGAGUGGCCAAGGGAAAAGCAGAACAUAUCGUGAUAUCCGGUCACGACGGUGGAACUGGUGCUAGCAGCUGGACGGGAAUAAAAUCUGCCGGAUUACCCUGGGAAUUAGGAGUUGCAGAGACUCAUCAAGUUCUAACAUUGAAUGAUCUUCGAUCACGUGUCGUCGUUCAAGCUGAUGGUCAAAUGCGCACUGGCUAUGACGUGGUAGUAGCGGCUCUCUUAGGUGCUGAUGAAUUUGGUUUCAGCACUGCACCUUUAAUUUCUAUGGGUUGUACGAUGAUGAGAAAGUGUCACUUGAACACUUGUCCAGUGGGUGUUGCGACGCAAGACCCAGUGCUUCGAAAGAAGUUUGAAGGAAAACCAGAACAUGUUAUUAACUUUUUCUUUGCAUUGGCAGAAGAGGUACGUUCGCACAUGGCCCACUUAGGAGUGCGCAAAUUCCAAGAUUUAAUUGGUCGCACAGAUUUUUUGAAAGUUCGCAAGGAUAUCUCGAUUGAAAAAGCUAAAACGUUAAGACUCGAUAAUAUAUUACGGAAUGCAUUGGAACUUCGACCAGGGAUAAAUAUCAAGGGAGGAUCCGUGAAACAGGAUUUCCAGUUGGAAAACAGACUUGACAAUCGCGUGAUCAAAUUAGCUAGGGACGUGUUAGACAGAAAGAAAGAGAGCGUUACGAUGGAAUUGAAUAUUAAUAACGAGGACAGAACGUUUGCAUCGACAUUAAGUUACCACAUAUCAAAAUUAUUCGGUGAAGAUGGCCUACCAGAAGGUAGUAUAAAUAUCAAAAUGAAAGGUUCUGCAGGUCAGAGUUUCUGUGCUUUCAUGACCAAAGGGAUUCACGUUACUCUCGAGGGAGACGCCAACGAUUACGUGGGAAAAGGUCUGUGCGGUGGAGAGAUUGUUAUAUAUCCGCCGAAAGAUUCCACUUUCAAGUCCGAGGCAAAUGUAAUCGUUGGUAACGUUUGCCUUUAUGGUGCAACAUCCGGCAAAGCCUAUUUCCGAGGGAUUGCCGCCGAGAGAUUUAGCGUUCGUAACAGUGGAGCAACAGUUGUAGUGGAGGGUGUCGGAGACCAUGGGUGCGAAUACAUGACUGGUGGUUGUGCACUUAUUCUCGGACUGACGGGACGAAAUUUCGCUGCUGGCAUGUCUGGUGGUAUAGCGUACGUUUUUGAUGUGGAUGGGUCGUUCAAAAGCAAAUGCAACCCUGAAAUGGUAGAAUUACUUCCCCUAAACCAACCGGAAGAUCUAGCAUAUGUAAAACAGCUUUUAGAAGAAUUUAUUGAAAAGACCGGUUCUUUGAUCGGUCAGAGUCUUUUGAAGUUAUGGCCUGAACCAACGACGCGAUUCGUUAAGGUAUUUCCAUAUGAAUACCAACGAGCAUUGCAGCAACUCAAAGAGACAAAACAGGCGCAAAAAACGGUAAACGGAGAUUCUGAUAAAAAGUCGAAUGCUCAAGUGAAAGAUAUCGAAGAUGCGGUUGCCGAUGUUGACAUGGAGAAGCGUAAACUUGACAAAAUCAGGGGAUUUAUGAAAUACAAAAGAGAAGUAUCGAUGUAUCGGCCGGUUGAGAAUCGAGUUACCGACUGGGAUGAAAUUUAUAAUUUCCAAGGAGUUCGCAAAGGAUUGCGCGUACAGGCAGCCAGGUGUAUGGAAUGCGGUGUACCAUUUUGUCAAAGUAGCCAUGGUUGUCCUUUGGGAAACAUCAUACCAAAAUGGAACGAUCUCGUUUUCCAAUCGAAUUGGAAAGAGGCAUUGAAUCAAUUGUUACAAACAAAUAACUUUCCAGAAUUCACUGGAAGAGUAUGUCCUGCUCCGUGCGAAGGUGCCUGCGUAUUGGGUAUAUCAGAACCACCGGUUACGAUAAAAAACAUUGAAUGUGCAAUAAUUGAUCAUGCAUUUGAACAAGGUUGGAUAGUUCCGCAUCCACCUACGAUGAGAACCGGCCGUCGAAUUGCCGUGGUUGGUUCUGGCCCCGCAGGAUUAGCUGCAGCUCAUCAGUUAAAUAAAGCAGGCCAUUUGGUGACCGUUUACGAAAGAAACGAUCGAAUAGGGGGCCUUUUGCAGUACGGUAUACCGACUAUGAAACUAUCGAAGCAAGUCGUUCAAAGAAGAGUUUCUCUUUUGGCCGCAGAAGGCAUUACAUUUAAGACUGGCGUUAAUGUCGGAAAAGAUAUUUCCGCCAAGGAAUUGGCUGAACAGUACGAUGCAAUGCUGCUUUGUACUGGCGCGACUUGGCCGAGAGAUUUACAAAUACCUGGUCGACAUUUGGAAGGUAUUCAUUUUGCUGUAAGUUUCCUAGAACAUUGGCAAAAGAAACAAAUGGGGAACGAUGCUCCGUUGGAUAUGCGUUUAAUGGCUAAGGAUAAGGAUGUCAUUAUAAUAGGUGGCGGGGACACCGGUUGCGACUGCAUAGCUACAUCUUUACGACAUGGUGCCAAAACGAUUACUACUUUUGAAAUUCUACCGGAACCACCGAAGAAGAGAGGGUCAGAUAAUCCCUGGCCUCAGUUCCCUCGUGUAUUUAAAGUAGACUAUGGUCAUGAAGAAGUCUUCCUUAAGUUCGGACGUGACCCGCGACAAUUCAGUACGUUAAGUAAGGAAUUCUUGGACGAUGGAAAUGGUCACGUAAGUGGUAUCAAAACGGUAUCAGUGUCGUGGACAAAUGAACAUGGUCGUUGGAAAAUGGAAGAACUUCCUGGAACAGAGAAGGUAUAUAAAUGCGAUCUAGUUUUACUCGCAAUGGGUUUCUUGGGUCCUGAAAAAUAUCUUGCCGAAGAAUUAAAUGCGGCAUUAGAUGAAAGAGGUAACUUCAAAACACCGAUUGGUAAAUACGCAACAAGUUUAUCUCGAACAUACGCUGCCGGAGAUUGUCGGCGUGGACAAUCGUUGGUUGUUUGGGCUAUCACAGAGGGUAGACAGGCGGCGCGAGAAGUAGAUCUGGCUUUAAUGGGAGAAACUGGUCUUCCUGUAACCGGAGGUGUAAUAACAGAAGUUGUAGCUUAAAAUGUGUUAGCGUUCAUCGAUCAGUUAUCCUUCUUCAUACUCGGUUACUUUUCCGCCCCAUUUUCAAAAAUAAAUUCCACGAGAUCAUUGGUGUGUGCAAACGUAAACGAGUAACGAAGAAAAGAUGAUCUGUAGAAGGACGAAAAGAAAACCAGUAUUAUUUUUAUCGUAUGUUUACACGGUAUUGGAAGAAUCGAAAUGUUAUUACAUAAUGUUUGUCACCGUGAUAGGAUGAGAAUAACAAUGUAGAAGAAGAAGUUUCUUCAUUUUCAAUGAAUUGCCGUUGCAUUGUCGUUUAUUCGUUUCUGCAAAAAUUUGGCAACUAAUACAGGUAUACAGGUAAGCAGUGAUAAAUAUACAGCAACUUCUAUGUCCGUACUUUUUUUUUUUUUUUUUUUCAUUUCUUGGUAGUUAUACGAGGUAUAAAUAAGCAUUUUUGCAAUAUCGAUAAACUCGGGAGAUGAUCUGAAGACGAUAUGAUGAUUCCAAAAUGAAUUGUAGACGAUGUAUUUUCAAUGAACCAAAAUUGUAAACUGCAAUAGUUCGAAUUAUAUUUUGGAAAACUAAUUAAAAACAAAAGGUGCGAACGCAAGUAA